GUCAAAUUAAUCCUUCGCCCGUACACAGACAGUCUAGCUACUAAUCGGACCUGGUCAAUUGAUGGACAUGGAUGAUAUAGACAUACAAUAACUUUCAAUAUGGCGUCGAAUCACUACGGAUCCCUCGGUCCUGUUCAACAAUACAAUCAACUCGCCUUUUCCGUCAUUCCGCAAUCGCCGCAUCCGCAACAUCCGCAACAUCCUCAACAUCAGCAUCAACCACAACUUUGCCAACAUCAUCCUCACCAGCAACCUCUCCAACAAGCCCCUCACCAUCAACAACCGCACCAACCCACCCCCACCACAGCCGUCCCUCCACCUACUUUUCAGCAACACACACCCGUCCUACCACCCACCAACAAUGGCGUCGCACAGCAGCAGCAGCAGCAGGGUAUCAACCCAAAUACCACUACCACACAACAACCACCAUCGACUCCCGCCCCCGCCCCCGCUCCCGCCGCAGAAACAACACCCAGCAAUAAUCCCACCCCCGACGAACCCCAACGCAAACGCCGCCGCGUAGGCCGCCCCCCAAAAUCGCAAGCGACGCGAGACUACCUCGACCAGCGCUCCUCCUCCUCCGCCCCCCUAGCCCCUCCGGCCCCCCAACCGCCACAAGUCCACACGCCGCACCCGCUAAGCAAAGGUCCGUACAACACGGCCGAGGACGCCGUCUUCUCGCUGCAGCUGCACGUGUUCAGCACGGGGUACGGGGUAUCGCAGAAGCGGACGGUGAAGGAGAAGCUCCCCUCGGGGCGGUACGACCCCGGCGGCGACGUGAUCCGGCGCGACUUCGCCUGCGACCGCGGCGGCUCCGAGUUCGUGUCGCAGAGCACGGGCGAGCGCCGCCGCGAGAGCAAGAAGUGCGGGUGCCCCUGGAAGGCGGUCGCGCGCCGGCUCAAGCGCGAGGGCGACCGGUGGUUCGUCGAGGUUCUGGAUGCGCGGCAUAAUCACCCUGUUACGCCGCCCGAGUUGAUGCAUACGAUCGCCUCGUACCGCCGGUGGCAGCGCGAUAAUAACGCCGGGAUUAGGUCGGCUAUCGAGAGGUUGACGCGCGCCGCGGCUAUGCCGGCUAGGCAGGUCGCGGAUUACUUGAAGGGAGUGUUUGCGGACCCGGAUCUCGAUCGUAUUGAUAAGAAUAUACUGCGCGCGCUGAGUAUGAGCGAUGUCGAGAUGCCGAGUGAUGCUGCGGGCCAGGGGUCUGUCGUGUUCGAGGUUGUGGGACGCAGACCGACGAUUAUACUUCAGGAGACCCCGGCGGUACCAGCGGAGAGCGGCGGGAAUGUGGGUACGCUUGGUGCGAGGCGUAGCGGCGUAGGGGGCAUCGUUGGGACAAGUGUGAUUCGGUUUUGAGGACUGCUUGUCUAGCUGUGGGCUUUGUUGCGGUCUUGCUCUUUCUUCGUGCGUAUAGAGAGCUGAAGAGAAAGAGGGUAGGUAGGUAGGUAGGUAGGUAUGGGGAUGGUGAGGGCAGGAGCAAGUAUAUUCUAAGCAUCUAGCCACUUAGCUAUAUCGGCUGUCCAAGUACCUAUCUACGUACCUUGGAGGACUAAUAGCUUCAAAUCCCGUUCUGCGUAUAAACUCGUUCCUUAGAGACCGCAGUUUACACGCGAAGAAGUGUCCGCGCUGAUCGGACAAACAACAAGAGAUAGCGACACUACUGGAAGAGGCUUCAUAGGAAGAGGCUUCGGACACCUAAUGCCUACAUAGCUUAUUGCUUAUAUAGAGAGAUUUACGAGUGUAUAGACUCACUAAUAAGAGCAAAGAGGGCGAGAAUAUUUAGAAGCCCUCUGGGGUGAAAAUGAAGAAGAAAAACUAAGAUUUACUCC